AUGACAAACGCGCCGCCCAACUUUGCCCUCGUCGUCGCAGUCAGCGCGCUGCACGCUCUCGGAGGCGCUCUGUGUGCGAACGAGCUGUGCUCUCACCGGCUGUGUGAUGCGUGGCGGCUCUUCUCGCGUGUGUGCCUCGUCGGGUUCAUGCUGGGCGCAGCCUCCCUGAGGAUGAAUCGGAAGCUGGUAGAGAAGCUGCUCGUGCCGAUCGUGCCUCCUCCACUACCGCCGCGGCUCUGCGUCUACGCGUCCGGGACAAUGGACGUUACCUCUGCCAUGCUCCUUGCACUGCCCGGUGGUGAGCGGUACGGCGGCGCACUCGUGCUGACUAUGCUAGUGUGCGUCUUCCCGGCCAAUCUCUACCACGCCUUCUCUAGGAAGGCACACGCCGCCACUGGAAUAGGGCCGCCGGCCGUAUACUGGCGGCUGCCCAUACAAUUCCUCUUCCUGGCGUGGGCGCGGUGGCACGUGACUUAA